GAUUUCAUUGGCCAGUACAGUGUGGCCUUUGAGUGCCUUCAGCCUGGUUAUCGCAAUGUGCCCCUGCUGGGCAUGGCGGGGGACCCCUUACCCCACACCAGCCUGUUUGUCCAUGUGGCGAUCACCAACCGGCGAGGAGGCGGGAAGGCCCAGCGACGAGGUCUGUCAGUGAGGAGGGUAGGGAGGCGUGGGCGGGAGUACGUCACACUAAGGCACACUGGCAUCAAGGUGGUGGACGAGACUUUCAAGCCGGCUAGUGCACCCUCAAAGAGGCAACGGACCUGCGGGAGGAUGCUCAGAGCACCACCUCCAGUUUCAAAGAGCAGUGUGGGCUCCCCACGGUGGCCAAACUGAAGCAGUGCAUCCAGAGCCUGGCCACCAGGCUGCAGAGCCCCGAGGGCAUUAUGGGGGCCACCAUGGUGCUGAAGGAGGGUUACCCGUGUCUGGAGCCUCUGGUCAGCCUCUCAGAGCCGACACGCAAACUGCUUGCUGCCUACGACACGAUGAUUGCCGCCCAGAAACAGCUGAUUGAGAAUGCAGAUGCUGUUCAGGAGAGGAUCGCCCAGGUGCAGAGAGAAGGCAUGGACUUCCAUGAGGAUCUUUCUCGGCUUGGGGAAAAGGAGGGACUGAAGGGACGCAAGCUAAGCAAAGCUGUGGAGAGUUUCACCUGGAACAUCACUGUGCUCAAGGGUCAGAGUGAUCUGUUACGGGGAGCUAAGAUGGAUUCCCUGGAUGCCCUGAGGCAGCUGGCCUUGGCAUGUGAAGCCUGUGGACUCACCUCCUCGUCCUCUUCCUCCAACUCCUCGUCCUCCACCUUCUCCACUGCCGAGCUGCACUACUCCUCCCACCCCCUGUCAGGCCGUCGAAGCAGCACACACGGCAACGGACGCAUCUGAUACCCCUCCCCCAUCCAAAGAUGAAAAGGGAGUGGACAGAAUAAUUACAGAGGAUAAGAGAGAAAAGGAGGCAGGAGAGCGAGAAAGACUGGUGUAAAAAGCACCACAGGAGACAUGAUUUUCUUUCUGACAGAGUGUAUCCCUUUAUCCAGUGCAGUAAGUGUCUAGACUAGCCUAGACCAGAGCAGUAUAUCUGUUAAAGCCUUAUAGUGAGUUCAAUUUAUCACUGAGGGUCCAGCCUGCGGAGAGGCUUUUCAUGAAUGUCGUAACUUUGAGGUAGUGAAACAUAGAAAGGCACUCCACGCAGGUGCUUGAAUGGUUCCUACUUUUUUUUUCUGAGAAAAAAAGUGUGACUCACAUUAUAACUCUGCAGGGUUUUCCCUCAUUAGAGGGGAAAUCAUAGACACCUGAAUAAUUUGUGACAACGGGGCUGUUGUGGAGCUGACGUUUAUGGUUCUGUUAGUGUUUCAGUUCAGAGGUAGAAUGCAGAAUGGAGUUGAUAUAGAGCUGAUGGGGCGAGUUAUUCUUUGCCUCAGCAUUUCAGCAUGUACCUUUUGAAGGCAGCAAGAUAUAUAUGUGAUUGUGUGUUUGUAUGUGUGUGCACAUGGCGGAGAGGGAAAGGUUCUUUAAGAGAUUGAUUGACAGGAUGUGACCCACAUAAAACACAGAUGAAGAGUAACUAAUUCAAGUAGCCUAGAUUUAUGGUGUAAUACUACUUUUUUAAACUCACAAAGCUUUUAUGGUAUCCCUACUUUUGUUUUUAGAUAGAACUAAAGUUACUGCAAUAAAACUUCAACUUAAGACAGAUAUAACAGACAGUAAAUGACAGGGAGUAUUUGAUGUCCACAUGAAACCUUUUCCUAUACCUGAUUGGCUGAGCGUACCCCUUGUCUUUGGUCCUCAAACGCUAAAAACAUGGUGGCUGUUCUGGUUACAUCACAUUUUUCCAAAGCUGUCAAAGCUGCAAAUUUUGUUCUUCAUUGAAUUUCAGAUGAAAAAUAGACCUCAUCUAAAGUACCAACAAUGAGGUUUGGGAGUAUGGAGCUGUAGAAAGUCACAUACAUCUGAACAUCAGCUGAUUUUAUCUAAUUGACUGACUUGUCUUUUCAGACUUCAGUCUCUUAGCAAAUACUAAGCUCUUUCCUGGUUUGUUUAAAAGGCAUUAAAUAACUCCACAGAUUAGUUGAUAAAUGCAAAACAUCAAUUACCGCAUUCGACAGAUUCCGAGGAUUAGUACAUUUUCUAAACUUUAACUAAAAUACAGAAGCACUCACACACAGGGUCUUGUUAUCACCACUUGAUAGCCUUUGAGUCUGUCAUGUUCGCUUGGAGAGUGGAUAGCUUGAAACAGGAGGAAUGAGGUGUUGUGGAGAAGAGUAAUUGGAGAAGUGUGUUGAUACUGUAGUACUGCUGUAGUACAUGUGUGGAUCACAUAACCUCCUCACGACACCAGCAUGUAGGUAACUGGACUCUGUACGUGUGCGUUUGUGUGUAGGAAGAAGAGAUUCCUGCAGCACUGAUGAAGUACACUGUAUUGAUGUAGCAAUAAUAAUAGUGGUACAUUAUAAGAAAGUCAAUGAGGCUGUGUACUGGCUGAAAGAUUGAAAACAAUAUUACUAACUGUAUGGCUCAGUGAUGCUUAUAAAUGUGUAUGAAAACAACUACAAAAAUGCUGUCUACUGAUCAAGGCUUGUAGUUGUGCGUACCUGUCUGUGAUGGCCACCUCUUGGUCUUUGAGUGUAAUUGUGUAUUUCUUCUUAAUGCAGGAAAACACCUGAUAUUUGUUCUUUAACUUCAGCUUUUGUACUCAUUUUCUUGGAUCUUGUAAUGCUGCGUUUGAACCAAACUUGACAAAAGUGAUGCCAAGCAACACACAGGACUAAGCUGUUAGAUUUACCUCCUUGAAUAUUGUCACACCUUACUAUUCUCUGGUGAACAAAAGUAUAUCUCCACUGUUGGGGAUUUUUUAGUCUUUGAAAUGAAAUGGAAAUACAUGUCUCAGAAUGCAUCAUCAUCCAGCUUUAAAACUACGCUGUUUUCUUGAUUUCCAAGUCGUUAGCAUUUUGGUUUUGCAUUGGUUGAUGUAAUUUAAAAAGACCAAGUAAGGCAGGUGUGUUUGAAAAGGUUUGAUUAACAAUUACUCAUGAUCUAGUGCACCAUAGGUAUUUUUUAAACAGUGGAUUUGAACAAAUGUAUUCCCACCUGAAUCUACUGGAGCUGAAAGUGCAGAGUGGGACAUUUUGAAUGUUAAUUCUGCCCUUUGAGGGAGGCAGGAAGGUCGACCGAUGAGAGACGAGGGUCACAGCUAAACAUUGUAACAGAUCAACCAGCCGGUGGCAUUUUGCAGUAGACGGGGUGAGAAACACUGAAACACGGGGAGGACACUGAGGUUUACCAACUUGUUAAGCCCCUUUUAAGUGCUUGUGCAGGACUACUGUUUUUUUCUGAAUGACAUCCCAUAUUUUUGUAUUCUGUUUUGUUGCCUUUCAGUUAUCUACACAUCCCUUUCCUUUUUUUAAUACUAUUAACCUCUUUUGUACCUCCACUUGUCUCCAUCCUGUUAUUCCUGCUGCUCUUCCGGAGGCUUCAGGUGGGGAGUAACAGAGCUGAUGUACUGAGUCAUAGCCACAGGAGGAGGUUGACCUACUAACAUUUGCGUGUGAGUGUUUUUCUUUGUGUGUGUGUGUGUGUGUGUGUGUGUGUGUGUGAGAGAGAAGACAUACGCUCUUAAAAGACAUACACUGAACAAAAUUAUAAACGCAACACUUUUGUUUUUGCUCCCAUUCAUCAUGAGCUGAACUCAAAGAUCUAUGACUUUAUCUCUGUACACAAAAGUCCUAUGUCCAUGCUGUCUGAUCAGCAUCUUUAUACGCCGCACUUGUGAGGUGGAUGGAUUAUCUCGGCAAAGGAGAAGUGCUCACUGACACAGAUUUUGACAGAUUUGUGAACAAUAUUUGAGAGAAAUAGGCCUUUUGUGUACAUAGAGAAAGUCAUGAUGAAUGGGUGGCAAAAACAAAAGUGUUGCGUUUAUAAUUUUGUUCAGUGUAUGUUGAAGAGAGAGCAAAGGUUGAAAGAUAGUGUAAAAAUGGACUGAUAUUGGACUAACGUUUGAUUACAUGUGUUGUUGGCUAUGCACACCUGCAGAGCCUCUUAGUUGGCUGUGAGAAUAGACAGAAUGACAGCACCUGCUGUUGUGGUCUAUAAAUAACACUCUGACUCUCUGGGGGCCUUGGUAUGUGUGUAAAUGUUGGUGUGCUUAUGUCUGUCAUGAUACCAUGGUGCCCUAAUUCCUGGCCUGAUGAUGCAAAGUGGUUCUCCUCAUUGCCAAACUAAUUGCCAUAUUUUCUCCUAAUUGCACUGAAGCAGACAGCAUCUUCAGGAGGAUCUUCACUUACUCUGAGAGGUGUGCACAAGUAUAUGAAAACUACAGUUUUCAUUGUCAUCUCUCAGAGAUCUGCUUGGAGGGAGGAUCUCUUUGCAUUAUUGAUGCAUCAGCUCAAGUAAAACAAACCACGGUGUUGGCUUUCUGUGUUCCGGUUUACAUACCUCCUGACACAGGUAAUACAACUAGGUUAAAGAGUGAGCAUGUGAUGGGGCCUACUGUACCUGAGGAGACGCAGUGAAGUAGAAGGUCACAGGGUUCACCUUUUUGUAGGUGAACAUAAGCGAAAUACAGGGUCAGGUUUCAGUACUUCAUUCUCAGAAUAAUUCAUUAGGUACACACUGUAUUUACAAAGAAGAUCUAUGGUGGAUAGUGACAACUGUGCUGCAGCAUAAAAGGAAAGCAACAUGAACAAGAAAAAACUUGCAGCUUGCUUUUUGAGUGGAGACUGACCUUUGCAGUGCGUCAGGAAGAUACGUCUGAGCCACUGAUUUGUAGCCUGAUGAUCCAAAAGGACCAUACCUGUGUAUGGCAUGGUUUAACCUACUUACUUCAAAUCAUUUACUGUAUACUUGCAGUAGCAGAACAUACCAUUGUAGAUGCAUAGAUGUGCUUGUAUACCUUCCAGGCCGCUAUUGGUUUCAGUUAAUGUCAGUAAAAGUCAGCUUGCAGACUUGCUUCAAGUAAUUCCAUUUCAGUGAACAUCAUCCUCUGGUUUAUGUUAUCACAUCGUGAUGAUGCAAAUAAAAGCAACUGAAUUUCUGUGAUAUGCAUUAAAAAAGAGUCCCCAUUUUUAAGCCAUUUAUAUGCAAAAAGCCUGACUGACACAACCUUUCUCACAAUGUACAUCAUUUGGUGUCUGGGUCUGAAUUUGUAACGAUAGAGUUCAUCAAUGCGACAGUAACCAACUCUGAGGUUCUCUGCAACUUGUGAUUUCCCCAACAGCAGCAUGCCACUUUCAUAACAAUAUAACUGAGCAUGAUGUUCACUGUGAUGGAUCGCCUCUCUCAAGCAUGUUACAGGUCUCCAGAGGCUGCAAAAGUUUGGGAAAACAGUCGGCAGUCAGGCAAAGUACAUGAUUUGUAGUAAAUUAACUGAACUUGCAGAAACACCAGUGUGAUCCUUCAAACAUUCAAAAAUAGGGUUUUAGGUAUGAAGCAUUUUCCUGCCAUCAUCAUGCCUCUCACACACUCUGCUUCAUAUGUCACUGCAUUUACCUUACCUGAUGAUAUGUUUACCGCUGCAAAAGGGCACUGGGGUCUGCCACUCACUACAGUGCUUUACUAUGAUGUUCAUUAUACUGCAUCUAAUUUCUAACCAAAAGCUGCACCCUGAUCCCUGAAGUGUGGACUUCUCGACUUCCCUUUAUACCCUUAAAAAGUGGAACAGAUCUCUGUAAAGAUCUGUCUUUCACUGUGAUACAAUUUAAAAUUUUGAGUUUGAAGGAUGGGAGUGGUAGACAGAUCUGUGCUAAAGAGCAGGGUGUUGCAUUGGGCUGCGUUGUAUCUCUGUUACCCACGUGUCUUAACCUAGAGCUAGCUCUCUCUCUGCUCUUCUGUGUGUGAUGCUUCCUAGCUUUGCAGACCAGUGGUCAAGUAGCGCUUAACAUUAAUUUGAAUUGGAGAGUCGUUUAUGCCUGUCAUAGUGAUGUGGACAAAGUUGUGUAACACUUGGAAAUGUGUAAAGGUAUUUUAGGUUCUAUAUUACCCGUGGCAACUGCAGUGUCUGUGUUGGCCUGUGUCUACGCCGCCGACCUUUUAAAUCAGUGUUGCUCUCUGUUCUUACAGUCACUGUAUGUUUUUGUAAAAUAGAAAAAAAAAGACCAAAAGAAGAGAACUAUUUAUUGAAGUGUGUUUUAAAAACCAUAAAUAAAUCUAAUUAAUUAAAUGGACCUUGCUUUUAUUUUGAAAAGCUACUGUGUUUUCUAUCUGACAAGUAAUUAUAUAUAACAAGAGUAUGUAUGCCAGACUAAAUAAAGUUAUCUUUUCCUGACCAAA